UUUUCACCCUGUAUGUAUCCAAACAAAGCAUAAGAGAACCAAAUUUGAUAUGCAGCAAUGGAACCCUGACCCAGUAAACAGAGAAAAGCUUGAAGUUGAUGAUGAUUGCUUUGCUUGGUUACCCACCUCAAGCUUACAGAAACCAAGACAAUGUAGAUUUUGUUUCUGUAUAGUGAAAAACAUUGUCCAUGGCACUUCUGAGGUUGAAUCAGCAUCCGCUGAGAAAGGUUUUAGCUACCCAUUUGUCCUCUUUUGCUCUGACUCUUCAUUCUGCAACAACUUCGAUUCCCGUUUCAUAUUCAACUGCUAAUCUUCUUGGUGAUGAGGGUGACUGCAACAUUAAGAAUUUCAAUCAUGGUUUUGGGAAACUGGGUUCUAGGUUUCCUGGGGAGUUAGGUUUUGCUGCAAGUGUCAAUGAUGAUGUACAAGAAGAUGAUGAGAUUGAGAGUAUUGAGCUGAAGAGUUCCGACCGUGGAAAUCGCGAAGAACGAGAAAAUAUUGGAAGGGUUGAAAUUGAUGAGAGUGAAUUUAGACACCCUUUGGUGAGAGAGGUUUGUAGGUUAAUCACACUCAAGUCUGCUUGGAACCCGAAAUUUGAAGGAAACCUAAGGCAUUUACUAAGAAGCCUAAAACCCCCGCUUGUUUGUGCUGUUUUACGCUCUCAAGCUGAUGAGCGCGUUGCUUUGAGUUUUUUCUACUGGGCUGAUCGGCAGUGGCGCUACAGGCACCAUACUGUUGUGUACUAUACAAUGCUAGAUGUCCUUAGCAAGACUAAAUUGUGUCAAGGCGCGAGGCGGAUCCUUCGGCUCAUGACCCGCCGAGGAAUUGAAUGUUCGCCCGAGGCUUUUGGCUAUGUGAUGGAAUCUUAUAGUCGGGCAGGCAUGUUGCGGAAUGCCCUGCGAGUUUUGACCUUGAUGCAGAAAGCCGGUGUUGAACCUAAUUUGUCUAUAUGUAACACUACUAUCUAUGUUUUGGUGAAGGGGAAUAAAUUAGACAAGGCACUUAGAUUCUUGGAAAGAAUGCAGCUGGCUGAAAUCAAACCCAAUGUUGUCACGUAUAACUGCUUGAUCAAGGGUUACUGUGAUUUAGAUCGGAUUGAAGAUGCAUUGGAGCUUAUUGCAGAAAUGGCAUCCAAAGGAUGCCCUCCAGAUAAGGUUAGUUAUUAUACUGUGAUGGCUUUCCUCUGUAAGGAGAAAAAAAUUGAGGAAGUGAAAUGCUUAAUGGAGAAAAUGGUUCAGAAUAGUAAAUUAAUACCAGAUCAGGUUACAUAUAAAACACUUAUCCACAUGCUUUCGAAGCAUGGACAUGCAGAUGAUGCUCUUGCUUUUCUGAGGGAAGCAGAAGACAAGGGUUUCCACUUUGAUAAGGUUGAGUAUAGUGCAAUAGUUCACUCGUUCUGUAAAAUGGGGAGGAUGGACGAGGCAAAGUGUUUAGUAACCGAUAUGUACACAAGAGGCUGUAAUCCUGAUGUAGUGACAUACACUGCUAUUAUUGAUGGAUUUUGUCGAAUGGGAAAGAUUGCUGAAGCAAAGAAGAUGCUGCAGCAGAUGUACAAACAUGGAUGCAAGCCAAAUACUGUAUCAUAUACAGCUUUGUUAAAUGGCCUCUGUCUCAAUGGAAAAUCAUCAGAGGCAAGGGAGAUGAUAAAUGUGAGUGAGGAGCAUUGGUGGACACCAAAUGCCAUCACUUAUAGUGCUGUGAUGCAUGGGUUCCGUCGGGAGGGAAAAUUGUCGGAGGCUUGUGAAUUGGUCAGGGAAAUGAUUGAAAAAGGUUUUUUCCCAACUCCUGUUGAAAUUAACCUGCUAAUACAGUCUCUCUGUCAAAAUCAGAAAGUAGUAGAAGCUAAAAAAUAUUUAGAAGAAUUUCUACACAAGGGCUGUGCCAUUAAUGUUGUAAACUUCACUACUGUAAUUCAUGGCUUUUGUAAGAUUGGAGAUUUGGAAGCUGCUCUAUCCGUGCUAGAUGACAUGUAUUUAAGUAACAAACAUCCUGAUGCUGUCACAUAUACCGCAUUGUUCGAUGCAUUGGGGAAGAAAGGUAGACUGGACGAGGCUGCUGAGUUAAUUGCAAAGAUGCUAAACAAAGGUCUGCUUCCUACUCCUGUUACAUACAGGACAGUCAUCCACCAUUAUUGUCGAUGGGGCAGAGUCGAUGAUAUGCUGAAAUUAUUGGAAAAAAUGCUCGCUAGGCAACCAUUCAGAACUGUGUACAAUCAGGUUAUUGAGAAGCUUUGUUUUUUUGGGAACCUUGACGAGGCUGAGAAACUACUAGGGAAGGUUUUGAGAACAGCAUCAAAACUUGAUGCUAAUACAUGUCAUGUUCUGAUGGAAAGCUAUUUGACUAAAGGGACUGCACUCUCAGCAUAUAAAGUGGCUUGUCAAAUGUUUAGACGUAAUUUAGUUCCCGAUUUAAAGUUGUGUGAGAGAGUGACCAAGAGACUGAUGUUAGAUGGUAAGAUGGUGGAGGCUGAUAACCUUAUGUUAAGGUUUGUUGAGCGUGGAAUACAACAAAAUGAGACACAUUUACAAUGCUAGAUGCUACUGUUAGCUUAAAGUCCCUGCCUCCCUGAAUGCAGCUUAAGCACUAACACAGAACUUGUGCACUAGUCUGAUCAGAAGAAAACUGAUCGAAUGGAAUAAAAUAAAACCAGGAGGGUCUCUGGCUAGAUAGCUUUCGCAUUAUUCAACUCUGCAAAACUGGGAAGUCCAUGGCGAAAUGAUGGAAAGAGAUAAAGCUAACCUGCAUCUGCCAUCUCUGUAUUUUAAACAAGAAGGCUCUCCUAUGAGUUAUUCUUUCUUAAGUAUACAUGGUACAUGUUAAACUUUCCUAUCAGUUGAUGUUCUUGGUAACCAUAAGGUGAUGAUGUUUCCUACAAUGUUCUUACUACCACAAAUUCAGAACCAGCUGACAUUGUUAUAAAUAGCGCAUUGGUGGAAUUCAAGCUGUUCAUAUAUUGAAAGGUUAGAUGCAUUCCUUUCAAUGAUUUGUCUGCAACAAGCAUAAGGAAUGAGCAGUGUGUAAUGCAUAGAGGGAGCGAUAUAUGGUCUUCAUACAUAUUAUUAUUUAGCAUUGUCUUUCAUUCUUUCUCUUGCCCCAUUUCCCAAACAAUGUCUGCCCCUUAUCAGGGGAAUGGAGGGGGUCUAAACACCUUAUAAUUACAUUUUAUCUGUGGUACAUAACUAGGUGAGUGCCUCUCAGAAAAAGAAAAAAAAUUACUAGGUGAGUUACUUGGCAUAUACAAAAUUCUUAGUUAAUGAAAAUAUGAAAUUCUAAGUCAAACUAUCUAGAAUUCUCUUACAUCCUCACUGCUCAACAGCUGAAAUCUUACUGAGUUGUGGUUUGAAUGCUAGUGUUGACAUAUGUUCAUCAGAAUCAUAGCUUCAGCUUUCAUAGCAUGUCUCGUGCCGCUUUGCAGCAAGAUUCAUGCUACAUGUCGCAAUAGAAACCAAACCUUCCAUCCUCCCGCUGCUGUGAGUCACCCCCGUGAAUGACAGAGCUGCUGCACCUGCACCACAGUGUUGGAUUACGUGCUUCUGAAGGGACCAAGCUAAGAGAUGAGUUUUUUUCAUAGCUCUUGAUAGUUUUUUUCUUAAAAGUUAGUUGUGUUUUAUUUCUUCAAUAAAAAUAAGUAGCUUUUUAUUUUAAGAGCUCUUACAAAUAGUCUCCGAAUCCGAAUGAUAGUUAAAGUGGUAAGAGUUAGGUGACAUGUGAGUUGAGAGUGGGUGGUCUAGGGAUCAAUAUUUUGGAGGGUGCAAUUUAUCUUUUCGCGGUUAAAAAAAAAAACUCACAAAUAACUUUUUUGUUGUUGUUGUCAAUUACAAAUAUGACAGUAAUGAUUAAGACUUGUGUUAGUCACAUGGACUCUUUUUAAUAGUGAGGUCCUGAGGUCCCUACUCUAACCAUGAUCUACUAGAAUUUCUUUGAUGGCUUAUAUUGUGUUUUUAUUUGUAUUUUUUUUUGAUUUGUGAAUACGAGAGCAAACAUGUUAUGAAU